GAUCGCUGGAAAUUGUGAAAAUUGGCGCUCAAAAUCAACAUAUACAAAACCCUUCCUCCUUUACUUUCUCUCUCACAUCACAGCUAAUCUUCAUUCUUCUUCUUACCUUCAUUUCUUCGCCGUUCAUCUCCUCACGACUGAGCCUGUGGAGGGAAAGGUGUAGUUUAGAGAGAGAGAAUGGCCGAGACAGUGACCCCAGAUGCUAUAUCGAUCAUCCUUUCAAAUCCAUCUCCAGAUUCAUCAUCUGGCGUCCCUGAGCUCGUCGUUCAGGUUUUGGAUCUCAAGUCUACUGGAAAUCGAUACACGUUCAACGCCAGUGAUGGAAAGAUGAAGCUAAAAGCAAUAUUCCCAUCAAAUUUGACAUCUGAGAUCAUCUCUGGGAAAAUACAAAACCUUGGUCUCAUUCGGAUUCUUGAUUAUACUCUAAACGAUAUCCCAAGUAAAUCAGAGAAGUAUUUAAUCGUGACAAAGUGCGAGGUGGUUUCCCCCGCACUUGAGAUGGAACUGAAAACUGAGGUCAAAACUGAAGAAGCUGGGAUUUUAUUGAAGCCAAAGCAGGAAACUGAUGUCAAUAAUGAAAUCACAAGAGAAACCACUGGGUUCAACCUAAAGCCAAAGCAAGAGAUGGUUUCUAGGUCUGUGGCUCAAAUAGUCCAUGAACAGCGUGGAAAUGUGGCUCCUGCUGCUCGAAUGGCCAUCACCAGAAGAGUUCAUCCUCUUGUUUCCUUGAACCCUUACCAAGGGAAUUGGACCAUAAAAGUUCGGGUGACAAGCAAAGGAAACAUGCGUACUUAUAGGAAUGCUAGAGGAGAAGGGUGUGUCUUCAAUGUCGAGCUGACAGAUGAAGAUGGCACUCAAAUUCAGGCCACAAUGUUCAAUGAGGCUGCAAAGAAAUUCUUUGAGAAGUUCCAGCUAGGGAAGGUCUAUUUCAUAUCAAGGGGAACUCUUAAAGUUGCCAACAAGCAGUUCAAGACCGUACAGAAUGAUUAUGAAAUGACCUUGAAUGAGAAUUCCGAGGUAGAAGAAGCAAGUAAUGAAGAAACUUUUAUUCCAGAAACAAAAUUCAAUUUUGUGCCCAUUGAUGAGUUGGGCCCCUAUGUCAAUCAGAAGGAACUUGUUGAUAUUAUUGGGGUUGUUCAAAGUGUUUCUCCUACAAUGAGCAUCAGAAGGAAGAGUGACAAUGAAAUUAUUCCAAAGCGUGACAUAACUGUUGCAGAUGAGACGAAGAAGACUGUUGUUGUUUCACUAUGGAAUCAGCUUGCAAGUGGUGUUGGUCAGGAAUUGCUUGACUUGGCUGAUAAAUCUCCUGUAGUGGCCAUCAAGGCUCUUAAAGUUGGAGAUUUUCAAGGUGUAUCUUUGUCUACAAUAGGCAAAAGCACAGUGCUGAUCAAUCCAGAUACACCUGACGCUAACAAGUUGAGAUAUUGGUACGAGUCUGAAGGUAAAGGGACCUCAAUGGCCUCUGUUGGCACUGGCAUGAGUCCUUCAUCCAAUAGUGCCACGAGGUCUGUGUACUCUGAUCGAGUUACUCUUUCUCAUUUGACCAGCAAUCCAGCCUUGGGCGACGGCAAGCCUGCAUUUUUUAGCACCAGAGCAUUCGUAAGUUUCAUUAAGGCUGACCAGGCAAUGUGGUACCGUGCUUGUAAAACUUGCAACAAGAAAGUGAUUGAGGCUAUUGAUUCUGGGUAUUGGUGUGAAGGGUGCCAGAAAAGUGAUAAAGAAUGCAAUUUGAGGUAUAUAACGGUGUUGAAAGUAUCUGAUUCAAGUGGUGAAGCAUGGGUUUCUGCCUUCAACGAAGAAGCUGAAAAGAUCAUCGGAUGCCCUGCCGAGGAGCUUGAUAAACUGAGAUAUGGAGAAGAUGGUGAAUACGAGUUGAAACUGAAACAAGCUACAUGGAAACACCAUCUCUUCCGGGUCAGCAUUGCGCAGAACGAGUACAAUGGUGAGAAACGGCAAAGGAUAACUCUUAGGACAGUUGCACCUGUUGAUUUUGCUACUGAAUCUAGACUUUUGCUUGAAGAGAUAUCUAAAAUGAAGUAAUUCUUUGAUUAGGAUGUACCUGAUUAACAUUAUUAGUUUUGGAUUCUUACUGAUUUUCUCACAGCUUGUAACAUAUAUAUUCCUCAGGAAAUCAAUUCAAUGCAAAUAGUUUUGUUGCACA